UUGCUUGGGCAACUGGUGGGGCCAGUUGAGGCGUCUCGUGCACACGACACGAGCUCGACAGGCAGUCUGGCCUCUCGUGAGCGUCUCUGCAGCGGGCUCGGUACCGCAGCGCUGGCACCGCGACGCCAGCUUGGCUACAUUCGCCACGGCAACAUGAGAGGCUGA